UUUCAUAUUACAUAAUCCCGAAUAAAACAGCAAACAUUCUCAUCUAACUCACAAGGAAACAACACUCAUUCUUUUUUUUUCAGCACAACCGAAACCGAAAUGGCUCGUUGUUGCAAACUUCUUGCUGUUUUCUUAUGCGUUAUUUUGAUGCUCUCUUUGUGUGAAGCUUUGAGUAGCAACGUUGAUGAUGGAUAUGGUCAUGAAGAUGGGAGCUUCGAAUCCGAUAGCUUGAUCAAGCUUAACAACGAUGAUGUUCUUAGCUUGAAAAGCUCCGAUGAAACCACUUCGGAAUCAUCAACCGUUAGUGUUUUAAACUUCGGAGCCAAAGGAGAUGGAAAAACCGAUGAUACUCAGGCCUUCAAGAAAGCAUGGAAAAAAGCAUGUUCAACAAAUGGAGUUACUACUUUCCUGGUUCCUAAAGGGAAGACUUAUCUCCUUAAGUCUACUCGAUUCAGAGGUCCAUGCAAAUCCCUACGUAACUUUCAGAUUCUAGGCACUUUAUCAGCAUCUACGAAACGUUCAGAUUACAAAGACAAAAACCAUUGGCUUAUCUUAGAGGACGUUAACAAUCUAUCACUCGAUGGUGGCUCGACGGGAAUUAUUAAUGGCAACGGCAAAAUCUGGUGGCAAAACUCAUGCAAAAUCGACAAAUCUAAGCCAUGCACAAAAGCGCCAACGGCUCUUACUUUAUACAAUUUAAAGAAUUUGAAUGUGAAGAAUCUGAGGGUAAGAAAUGCGCAGCAGAUUCAAAUUUCAAUUGAGAAAUGCAACAAAGUUGAAGUUAGUAAUGUUGUGAUCACUGCUCCCGGCGAUAGUCCCAACACCGAUGGUAUCCAUAUCACUAAUACUCAGAACAUUCGAGUCUCCAACUCAGAUAUUGGAACAGGUGAUGAUUGUAUAUCCAUUGAGGAUGGAACGCAAAAUCUUCAAAUCUUUGAUUUAACUUGCGGCCCCGGUCACGGGAUCAGCAUUGGGAGCUUGGGGGACGACAAUUCGAAAGCUUAUGUCUCGGGAAUUAAUGUAGAUGGUGCUAAGUUCUCUGAGAGUGAUAAUGGAGUUAGGAUUAAGACUUAUCAGGGAGGAUCAGGAACUGCCAAGAACAUUAAAUUUCAAAACAUUCGAAUGGAAAAUGUCAAGAAUCCGAUUAUAAUCGACCAGAACUACUGCGACAAGGACAAAUGCGAAGACCAAGACUCCGCCGUGCAAGUGAAAAACGUUGUGUACAAGAACAUAUCCGGUACGAGCGCAACGGAUGUGGCGAUAACGUUGAAUUGCAGUGAGAAGUAUCCAUGCCAAGGGAUUGUGCUUGAGAACGUGAACAUAAAAGGAGGAACAGCUUCUUGCAAAAAUGCCAAUGUUAAAAAUCAAGGCACCGUUUCUCCUAAAUGCUCUUAACUGAGCUAACUAUGUAAUACACAUAUAUACAUAGAUAUACAUAUUUACAUAUAGCCUGUAUAUUGUACAAUACGCAUUGCUUCUUAAUACAUGUAGUAAAGAAUAUUUGUUAUC